ACCCCUCCUCCUUCCUCUCUUCCACCCCACGCGCACUCCCACACGGAGACCCGUCACCUCCUCCGCAUUCCCAUUUCUUCCGCCCCUCUCUCCUCCAGAUCUCUCCGCCUCCAAUGACCACGGCGCCGGCGACCACCACCGCGUAGCGGCCUCCCUCCAUGGCGUCCCCCACGUCGCCGCUCGGCGGCUCGACCCCCUCAGGCCGCGUGCUCGGCCCGGCGCUGGACCGCGUGAUCAAAAACGCCGCGUGGCGGAAACACUCGGCGCUCGUCGCGGCGGCCAAGUCCGCCCUCGACCUCCUCUCCUCCUCCUCCUACCCGCCGCCGGACCCGACCUCGCCGCACCCCUCCGCGCUCCUCGGCCUCCCCCUCGCCGCCGCCGCCGCCUCCCUCCACGCGCUCAUCCUCGCCCUCGACUCCGCGUCCCCCAAGGUCGUCGACCCGGCGCUCGACUGCGUCGCCAAGCUCCUCUACCACCGCCUCCUCCUCGGCGACAUCGGCGCGGCCGCCGACGACGCCCCCGCCUCCCGGCUCCUCGCCGCCGUCCUCUCCUGCGGCGCGCUCAACGACGACGCCAUGGAGCUCGCCACCCUCCGCGUGCUCGUCGCCGCCGCGCGCUGCCCCUCCAUCGCCAUCCGCGGCGACGGCCUCGCCCAGAUGCUCAAGACCUGCUACAACAUCUACCUCAGCAGCGGCAGCAGCGCCAACCAGCUCUGCGCCAAGCUGGCCCUCGCGCAGGUGCUCGUCAUCGUGUUUGCCCGUGUCGAGGCCGACUCCAUGGACGUGCGCGUGCAGACCGUGCUCAUCAGCGACAUGAUGGACAUGUCGGACCGCAGCUUGAACGACUCCAGCAUUGUGCUCGUGGCGCAGGGGUUUAUAAAUGAGGCCAUGGAGGGGAGCGAUGUCCCGGAGCCGGGGACCCCCGUUGUGGCGGCAGAUGAGGCCGAUGAGACGGAGGAGGGGGGGAUGAGUAAGAUCAGGGAGGAUGGGCUGGCGUUGUUCAAGAAUCUCUGCAAGUUGUCGAUGAAGCUCUCUACACCAGAUAACCCUGAGGACCAGGUGCUGUUGAGAGGGAAGGUCUUGUCUCUCGAGUUGCUCAAGAUGGUUGUGGACAAUGCUGGCCCAUUCUGGAGAACAAACGAUAAGUACCUUGGAGCAAUCAAACAGUAUCUUUGUCUGUCAUUGUUGAAAAACAGUGCAUUGUCAGCAAUGAGUAUUUUCCAGCUUCUGUGCGCCAUAUUUGUGGGUUUGCUGUCGAGGUUUAGAUCUGGGCUGAAAGAGGAACUUGGAAUAUUUUUUCCCAUGCUUGUCCUAAGGGUUCUUGAGAAUGUCCAUCAGCCUAGUUUUCUGCAGAAGAUGACAGUUUUAAAUUUGCUGGAGAAGAUCUGUAAAGAAUCUCAGGUUCUUAUUGAUAUCUUUGUGAAUUAUGAUUGCGAUGUUGAUGCACCAAAUAUUUUUGAGAGGACUGUCAAUGGCCUUUUAAAGACUGCUCUAGGGGUUCCUCCUGGAGCUACAACAACAUUAACCCCAGCCCAAGACCAAACAUUUCGGAUUGAGUCAGUCAAGUGCCUUGCAACCAUACUCAGAUCGAUGGGUUCAUGGAUGGACCAACAGUUGAGAAUUGGUGAUUUUUCACCCAAAGUUUCUGAAGUUUCUUUAAAUUCGAUAGACAGUCCCAACAUCCUUAUUGGAGAAGAUGGGAAUGGAAUUGAUUAUGAACUGCAAUCCGACUCUUACAGCCCAGACACAUCUGAUGCUUCCUCGCUUGAACAGCGUCGUGCUUAUAAAAUAGAACUUCAGAAAGGAAUUUCCUUGUUUAACAGAAAACCAUCUAAGGGUAUUGAUUUCCUCACUAAAAGCAAGAAGAUAGGUCAAUCCCCAGAAGAUGUUGCUUAUUUCUUGAGAAAUACUGCUGGUUUAAAUGCAACAAUGAUAGGGGACUAUUUGGGCGAAAGAGAUGAGUUUCCUCUCAAAGUUAUGCAUGCAUAUGUCGAUGCACUAAAUUUUGAAGGUAUGGACUUUGGGGAAGCCAUUAGGUAUUACUUGCGAGGUUUCAGGUUGCCUGGGGAAGCACAGAAAAUUGACCGGGUCAUGGAAAAGUUUGCUGAACGAUACUGCAAAUGCAACCCAAAUUCUUUUACUAGUGCAGAUACUGCAUAUGUUCUUGCUUAUUCUGUCAUCAUGCUCAAUACUGAUGCUCACAAUAUGAUGGUCAAGGAUAAGAUGUCUAAAUCUGAUUUCAUCCGAAAUAACCGAGGAAUUGAUGAUGGGAAGGAUUUGCCUGAAUCUUAUCUGAGUACAUUGUAUGACCAAAUUGUCAAAAAUGAGAUCAAAAUGAGUGCUGAUUCAUCAGUUCCACAAAACAAGCAACCUAGUAGUGUAAUGAAACUCUUGGGCUUAGACAAUAUUAUAAACCUUGUCAACUGGAAACAAGCUGAAGACAAGGCACUUGGAGCAAAUGACUUGCUCAUCAAGAACAUACAUGAGAAAUUCAAAGCAAAGAGUGGGAAAUCAGAAUCUAUAUUUUAUGUUAUUACCGAGACAACCAUUUUGCGAUUCAUGAUGGAGGUUUGUUGGGCCCCUAUGAUGGCUGCAUUCAGCAUGACACUUGACCAGUGUGAUGAUAAGGCUGCCACGUCGCAGUGUUUGCAGGGAUUCAGAUCUGCAGUGCACGUCACCUCUGUAAUGUGCAUGCAGACACAAAGAGAUGCCUUUGUGACAUCUGUAGCCAAGUUCACAUAUCUUCAUUGUGUUGCGGACAUGAAACAAAAAAAUGUGGAUGCUGUGAAGGCUAUAAUAUCCAUCGCAAUCGAAGAUGGUGAUUAUUUGCAGGAAGCGUGGGAACAUGUGCUAACCUGUCUUUCACGGUUUGAGCAUUUACAUCUUCUUGGAGAAGGAUCACCUACUGAUGCUUCAUUUUUGACGGUUCCUCUGGUUGAAUCAGAAGAAAAAACACAGAAAUCAAGUACAACUACAGCUUCAAAGCGAACUAAUGCUCUUCAGAAUCCAGCUGUAAUGGCUGCUGUUAGAGGCGGUUCUUAUGACAGCAUAACAGCAAAAAACAAUGCCUCUCCAUUAGUUACGCCUGAUCAGAUUAAUAAUUUUAUAUCAAACAUAAAUCUGUUAGACCAGAUUGGCAUUUUUGAGUUGAAUCAUAUAUUUGCUCAUAGCCAAAGAUUGAAUAGUAAUGCAAUUGUUGCUUUUGUGGAAGCUCUUUGCAAGGUCUCAAUCACAGAGCUACAGUCACCUACUGAUCCUCGUAUUUUCUGUCUAACAAAGAUAGUGGAGAUUGCGCAUUACAAUAUGAAUCGCAUACGUUUGGUGUGGUCUCGUAUCUGGAAAGUUCUAUCAGACUUCUUUGUGUCGGUCGGAUUGUCAGAAAAUCUUUCUGUUGCAAUAUUUGUUAUGGACUCUUUGAGGCAGCUAGCUAUGAAAUUUCUCGAAAGAGAGGAGCUGGCCAACUAUAAUUUCCAGAAUGAAUUCCUGCAACCUUUUGCGGUUGUUAUGCAGAAGAGCAAUGCUUCAGAAGUACGAGAACUUGUAGUUCGGUGUGUCUCCCAAAUGGUUUUAAGUCGUGUUAACAAUAUAAAAUCUGGAUGGAAAAGUGUUUUCACGGUUUUUACUGCAGCUGCUGCUGAUGAUCGGAAAAGUAUUGUUCUGUUAGCAUUUGAAACUAUGGAAAAGAUUGUUCGGGACUAUUUUCCGUACAUAACUGAGACUGAAACCACAACAUUUACUGAUUGUGUUAAAUGUCUUAUUACAUUCACAAGUAGUAAAUUUAGCAGUGAUGCUAGUCUCAAUGCUAUUGCAUUUCUUCGGUUCUGUGCUGUGAAACUUGCCGAGGAAGGAUUUGUUUGUCAUGACAAGGAUACUGAUCAGCAAUCAAAUAAUUUAGAUUCUUCAGAUGGGAAUGCCGUAGCGCACAAGGAUGAUCAUGUUUACUUCUGGGUUCCAUUGCUUGCUGGUCUAGCUAGAUUGACAGCUGACACGCGGCCAACUAUCAGAAAAGGUGCAGUAGAAGUACUCUUUGAUAUUCUGAAGGAUCAUGGGCAACUUUUCUCGCAGUCCUUCUGGACCAAUAUCUUUGAAUCUGUUGUUUAUCCUCUCUUUAACGGUGAAAUCAGUACACCAAACAGCCAGAGUGAUAGCACCGAGGACGAUUCUUGGAAUUUUGAAACUAAAACAGUGGCUGUUAAAUGUCUAGUGGAUUUGUAUGUUACAUUUUUUGACGUGAUGCGGCCAGAACUCAUUAGAGUCACUUCUGUGGUUACCAGUUUUAUCAAAAGCCCUUCUAGACAAUCUGCUAGCAUAGGCAUGUCCGUUUUUCAGCGUUUAACAGAAGGACUUGCAAGCAAACUCUCCAAGGACGAAUGGAAAGAGAUCUUGUUAUGCUUUAAAGAAUCUGCAGCGCAGACAUUUGUUGUUUUCGAGAAAAUAGUUAAGAUGAUGAAAGAUAUUGAAAUUCCAGAAAAAAAUGAGUCUUACUCUGAAGCAGAGCAAUAUUCAGAGCAUGACAUAUACAAUGAAGAUGAAGAGGAAGCUAAUAUGGAAACAUCAUCUUAUGCUAUCGUCAAGAUGAAAAAUCAUAUGUCUCUGCAACUCCUAAUUGUUCAGGGAAUUGUAAAAUUGUAUGAGACGCACAGGAGAUCCUUUUGUGCUGAGCAUAUGGGCAUAAUGUUGGAGAUGCUAUCAGCCAUUACAUCCCAUGCCAGUGAAGUGAGCUCUGAAUCUGCUUUGCUCACCAAAUUCCACAAAUCAUGCUCUCUUCUGGAGGUACCUGAGCCUGCAGUCAUCCACUUCGAGAAUGAGUCUUACCAGAGCUACCUCAAAAUCCUGCAAGCUUUGCUUCACGACAACCCAUCUUUGUCGCGAGACAUGAACAUUGAGUCACAAAUUAUGCUUGUUUCUGAGAAAAUACUGCGAACGUAUCUGAACUGCGCAGGUCAUGAACCAUCUAAGGAUGCUUCUGGUAGAGACCUGGUUGUACACUGGACGCUACCUUUGGGCGCUGCUAAGAAAGAGGAACUGUCUGCUAGAACCUCAGUGGUCCUUCAUGUAAUGCGGUUAUUGGGUGGCCUAGAGAGGGAAUGCUUUAGGAGAAAUCUGCCCCUCCUUUUCCCCUUAUUAGCUAAUCUCAUUCGCUGUGAGCAUAGCUCUGGAGAGGUUCAAGUUGCACUGUAUGGUAUCUUUCAGUCGUCAAUAGGCCCUAUAAUAUCGGCAUAGCAAAUAUUACUUGUUUUAUUCACCAACUGUACAAUUUUGUCACUACACCGUGGUAGGGUAGCUUGAUUGAUGGUGGUUACACAGAAAUAUGAGAUAAGAGGAAAUUACAGCUUGACAGUGCCGUAAAUUAUUGAAACCUGCUCCUCCAGAAUUCUGGUAUUGAAGUUUUGCAGCAUCAUGUAACAUCGACUCAGUUACCUGGAGGCAGGAGGCAUUUUGAAGGGCAUUUGCCCUCCUUUCCUAACAUUAAUUUUGAUUCAUGGCUUAUCGUCGACACUGUUGGCUCUGACGGCAGAUGAAUAUCUGUGGAGUUCUACAAGGGAGUGGUCAGAUCACCAGUGAACAAUUUUGUUUUUUUUGGGAUGUAACUUUCCCCCCCUUGUGACGAUAGCCUUGUAUAGCGUUUCCAUUUAAACCAAUACUAUAAUAAAGUGGCAUAUAUCAUGUUAUUCCUUUCCAA